AUGUAGAGAAUUCAUAAUUUUUUCAAUUUCUCUAAAAAAAUACGUUUAUUUGUUUAAAGUGAAAUAAAUCCAUAAGUUAGACUUACAAUAGAAGCAACUGAAGGUGAAAUAUUAGCUAAGGAAUUAAAAAAACAUAAAGUACCAUUAGCUUUUGAAUGUGGAUUUUCAUGUUCAUGUUCAACAUGUUCAGUUUUGUUAGCUAAUUCUAAUGAUUAUAAUAAGAUUUAAAUUGCUUAACCUUAAAGUUAAGAAGAGAUCAAUGUUUUAACAACAGAAGGAAAAGGUGGAAGGUAUUUAUUCUUAAAGAAAUUUUAAGAGUUCGUUUAUCGUGUUAAAUUAAUGUAUGUAAAGAAUUAGAAGGUGUUACAUUAUUAAUUUGA